AUGAAUAUAUACAGACACACGCACACACAUUAUUCUUUCUUGAUUGGAGUGGCAAUAACUAAAGAACCGCACUCGGUCAAACACGCAAUGCCGCGUUCUCUAACUUUCUCAUUCAGCAUCCAAGAAAGAAAAAAAGGCCUCACCCAGGCUUUUAUAUAUCAAAUGUGGGUCAACUCAUCCGGAACCAACGUUUCGUUCAUAUAAAAUAUACUGCUUGAGGCAGCAUACAGUUUACCCACGCACAAGCACAAAGCGCCAAUACAUUCUCCCCCAUAAUUAUCAUAUCUGCGCCCGUGCUAUCCUAUCAAUCUACCCUCAGGACAAUUAUGCCCCCGCCCCAUCCUUUCCAAAUCCCAAUCGACAAGAAUCAAAAACCCUCCAAUCUUUGAUUAUUAUUCUCUCGUCCCUCGUCCCUUCCAGGAGAUACCUAACCCUCUCUUUUCCCCACCCCAAAAACAAGUUCAAAAUCCUUCCUUCUUCGCCGCUUCGAAUUUCCUUCUAGCGCGGAAUAAUCACAGUGGAGCAAGUAGAAGAAGGAGUUGGGCCACCCACGUCCCCGUUUUUUUUUUCUGGGGGGGUGGCGGAGGGAAGGAUAACCAUUCCACGCACCUUGCCAGGCUUUGCCAUCUCCCCACUAUACUUCGCUUAGAAUAUCCUUUGCGUACCUGUGCGCUGGUCGUUGUUGGUGGUGGUAGUUGGUUCUGCAUAUACAUGAAACCCCCAUUUCAA